CUCUCACACUCCUCUGCGGCCACAGCUCCACUCUGGGGGUGGGGAAACAGAGCGCCGGGUUCCUUCUCCAGGUUCCUUCUCACAACUCUGCGAAGGGGAAAGGGGUGUGAGACCCAGCCAGACCCCAACUCCAACUCCCAACACGAGGUGGCUGCUCUGUACUCGGGGGGCCCACUGGUUUCAGGGUCUCUCUCCCUCUCUCUCUCAUCCACUCUCCCAGACAUGUCCACCGGCUCCCUCAGCGAUGUGGAGGACCUUCAAGAGGUGGAGAUGCUGGAAUGUGACGGGCUGAAAAUGGACUCGAACAAGGAGUUUGUGACUUCCAACGAGAGCACCGAGGAGAGCUCCAACUGCGAGAACGGCUCUCCCCAGAAGGGCCGCGGGGGCCUGGGCAAGAGGAGGAAGGCGCCCACCAAGAAGAGCCCGUUGAGCGGGGUCAGCCAGGAGGGGAAGCAGGUCCAGCGCAACGCGGCCAACGCGCGCGAGCGGGCCCGCAUGCGGGUGCUGAGCAAGGCCUUCUCCAGGCUCAAGACCACCCUGCCCUGGGUGCCCCCGGACACCAAGCUCUCCAAGCUGGACACGCUCAGGCUGGCGUCCAGCUACAUCGCCCACUUGAGGCAGAUCUUGGCUAACGACAAGUACGAGAACGGUUACAUUCACCCGGUCAACCUGACGUGGCCCUUUAUGGUGGCCGGGAAACCCGAGAAUGACCUGAAAGAAGUGGUGACCGCGAGCCGCUUAUGUGGAACCACGGCGUCCUGACCUUGGAGGUGCCAGUGUGGGAAAGGCGCGCUCCCCGGGGGGAGCGGGCCCCGGGAAGGCGACCCCUGCCCGCCCUACUCUCUGUCUCUGCUUCCCCCACGCAACGCUCCUCUCUCUGUCCCACCCCGCGAGAACACUUUACAACGACGAGGAGAUUCGUUUCCAAACCAGAGGAGACCAAUUGUUCUUACAAAGAUUCCCAUCUAUUUAACUUUAUUAACUUCUACCGUAAAUGACUCUGCGAGCCUUGCUGGUCCAAGUGCAAUAUGUAAUUAUAAAUAUAUAAAUAGAUAAUAAGAGCCUAUCAAUGUGUAUCUUUUGUACAAUACGUUGUAAAAUGUAGAUCAUAGAAUAGCUGACUUUGACAGUCACAUUUAUAAAGUAAUUCACUUAAAGAUAUAUAUUUUUUUCAAACAAGUUUUGCUACUUUUGAAAAUAAAUCUUUCUUUAUAUUGCUAAAA